AUGAACAAGAUGGAUGACCUCAAUCUGCACUACCGGUUUCUGAACUGGCGCCGGCGGAUCCGGGAGAUUCGGGAGGUGCGCGCCUUCCGGUAUCAGGAGAGGUUCAAGCACAUUCUUGUAGAUGGAGACACUCUGAGUCUGCGAAGGGCUCUGGUCCAGAGGAUAGAGGCCAGCCAGCCGUUCUCCAGCUCCAGGAGGACAGAGCCAGAGGAAAAGGGCCGGAGCUGCAGCAGGAGGGAUUGAGUUACCAUGGAAACUCCGGUGAAGUUGGCUGCUAUGUGGCUUCUCGACCUCUGACCAAGGACAGCAAUUAUUUUGAGAGCUGUCCUGUUGACCUGUUGGCUGGGGAAAGGGCACAGGACAGCAUGGUGCCUAAUCUGAGAGAUAGGUGCCCUGGAGUCCUGUCACGCCAUCCCUUCUGCUCUCCUGCCCCUCAUCUAAGUAGACUUUGACCCGUGUCUUUUCCCACCCGUUAACCCAAGCCCAGCAUCUACUUCGUGUCCUAUCCAUUAAUUGGAAAUUAUUUUCUAAGUAAUCAUGGUAAAGCAGGCCCCACUCUCCCAGUUCCCCCUCUGAGUGCCCUGUCUUUUCCUCUGAUUCCCAUGUCUGUUGUCUCUUUGAGCCUCAGUCCCCUUUGAUGUCUAGCCUCCCUUCCCCACACAAACAGCAGCUCCCAUUUCCCAUCUGUGCUAACUGUGCCCUGCUCUCCUCCCUCCAGGUGUCUAUUGUGGACAGUGGUGUCCGAGGCACCAUUGCUGUGGGGCUGGUCCCUCAGUACUACAGUUUGGAUCACCAGCCUGGCUGGUUGCCUGACUCUGUAGCCUACCAUGCUGAUGAUGGCAAGCUGUACAAUGGCCGAGCCAAGGGCCGCCAGUUUGGGUCAAAGUGCAACUCCGGGGACCGGAUUGGCUGCGGUAUUGAGCCUGUGUCCUUUGAUGUGCAGACUGCUCAGAUCUUCUUCACCAAAAAUGGGAAGCGGGUGGGCUCCACCAUCAUGCCCAUGUCCCCAGACGGGCUGUUCCCAGCAGUGGGCAUGCACUCCCUGGGUGAGGAGGUACGGCUGCACCUCAACGCUGAGCUGGGCCGUGAGGAUGACAGUGUCAUGAUGGUGGACAGUUAUGAGGACGAAUGGGGCCGGCUGCAUGAUGUCAGAGUCUGUGGAACUCUGCUGGAGUACUUGGGCAAGGGCAAGAGCAUCGUUGAUGUAGGGCUGGCCCAGGCCCGGCACCCACUGAGCACUCGGAGCCACUACUUCGAGGUGGAGAUCGUAGACCCUGGAGAGAAAUGCUACAUCGCCUUGGGGCUGGCCCGGAAGGAUUAUCCCAAGAACAGGCACCCUGGCUGGAGCAGAGGGUCUGUGGCUUACCAUGCAGAUGAUGGGAAGAUCUUCCAUGGCAGCGGUGUGGGGGACCCCUUUGGGCCACGCUGUUACAAAGGGGACAUUAUGGGCUGUGGGAUCAUGUUCCCGCGGGACUACAUUCUGGACAGUGAGGGUGACAGUGAUGACAGUUGUGACACAGUGAUUCUGUCCCCGACUGCCCGAGCCGUCCGGAAUGUCCGGAAUGUUAUGUACCUGCACCAGGAAGGGGAAGAGGAAGAGGAGGAAGAAGAAGAGGAAGAAGAUGGGGAAGAGAUAGAGCAGGAGCAUGAGGGCAAGAAGGUGGUGGUGUUCUUUACUCGGAAUGGCAAGAUCAUUGGGAAGAAGGAUGCUGUUGUACCCUCUGGGGGCUUCUUCCCCACCAUCGGAAUGCUGAGCUGUGGCGAGAAAGUCAAAGUGGACCUGCACCCCUUGAGUGGCUAGGGAUUUUCUCACACACCGGCCCCUUCUCUCUCUCCUGCCCCUUUACAGGACCGGGUACCCAGUUCCUGACUUCCCUGAGGAUUUCUUUACCUGAGGCCCCAAGGGUAUAGUCACUCUGCCCCUACUAGGUUAGGCCCCUGCCAAGCCCAUAUUUCUGACCCAGUACCACCCCUAUCAUCAGUCCCUGGGCCCUAGUCCCUGGUUGGACAGGGGCAGACCCAAAUAUAGUGUUCUAUCAGUGGGUCCCACUUGCUUUGGUCAGGGGUUCCAUGUCCCACUGUCCCCACUGGCCCAUGUGGGUGGAGGAGUGAGCACCCUGCCUCAGCGGCUGUUUGGGCCUGAGGCUCUGCAGAGGGUGGAGCAGACAGCCCCUCCCCUAUUUCCCACAGUAUUUCUUUUUGCAUUUCUUCUUUUUUGUUCCCUGUCCUCAUCAUGGGAAUCAGUUGCUGCUAUCACCCCCCUGGCUGGGCCGGGGGCCCUCUCUCCUUCCACUCACUGCUGUCCCUAGAGUCUCUGUCCUUUCUCCUGAGAACCGCUUCCUCCCUCACCACCUGUUCCGGCACCAGAUUCCACAGAGAAUCAGCCCCCGGCUCCCCCAGCUGGACACACAUACAUGGGUGUUUAAUGGUGAGAGAGGGGCUGUCAGGUGGGGGCAGAGACAGGCCUUCGUGCCAUCCUUCGUCUACCAGUGGCCCCCUUGUGUCUGGUUCCCUGGGGUGCAGGCUGCGCAUGUCUCUCCUGUGGUAGAGAGGUGGACUCCAAUGCCCUCACGGGGGUCCCCGAGGGCAGCUGGCCUCCUCUCCCCUUCCUCCCCUGCUUGCUGCCUGUGCCACUUGUCCGUUUUGCUUCAGUGUUUGAUUCUAGCACUUAUGCGUGUCUUCCCCCACCAAGACCUCGUCUCCUAGCCCCUUGACCUCUGACCCCCUCUCCAUACAGUGACUUCUCCUGGGAGGAAGCGGGAGCAGAAGCUGUUGGCCUUGGUUUGCACAGAGCGGAUAGGGCUUUGGGGAAAGCGGGGGUAGCUGUUGUGCUGCUGGGGCUGCCCCGUGGGCCCUCCCUUCAGUCCCUGCACUAUGAUGUAUGAAAUGUAUGUACAGACAGAGAUGUUUAUACAACCAAUAAAGAUGGAGUUUCCAUAUUUAUCAGCAUG